AUGUACCCUUACUACCCUGCCGAAGACCCGUUGGUGUUGGUGCCCGGGUGGGUGGCGAGACCGCCCCGGGCGCCGGGAGCCCGCCACGAGCGCCGCCAGCGCCCGCCGCCGGCGCCGGCGCCCCACCACCACAGCUACAAUAACAGCUACAACGGCAGCUACAACUAUGGGGGCUACAGCAACCCCCAGCUACCGACGCUUCUGAGGGCCCUGGUGGCUUCUACUACUGACAACAUCCCCCAGCCGAGCCGCACCGUCCACAUCCGCAACAUCAGCCCCCUGGUGACGUUGCUGGAGGUGUUGGACACCAUCGAGGCCGGGCCCAUCGAGUACACCAAGAUGUACACGCGCAACACCGACGCCGGGAUCGUCCAGACGUGCGUGGUGCUGUUUGUCAACCUGGAGGUGUGCCAGCAGUUCCACCGCCGCUACACCAAGCUGAUCAGCAACAUGCAGCGGCUUAAAUUGCGGCUAGACCACCUGGACCUGCUCCAGAUCGUCGUCAACGACCCCAGCGCCGAUACACCGGGGCAGGACUUGAUCAAGCUUAAAACGCUCAACUACAUUCUCGAUCACGGCGCUACGCGUGCAGUAACCCUCGCGUUUACUCUUGACGAUAUCCCCGCCGACCUCGUGUUCUCCCACGAGCAAGAGGCCCAGCAGCUGCGCGCCGAGUGCGCCCACUCGUUCAUCCACCACCAGUGCACUAAGCUCGGCGAUGUCGAGCGGUUUGACGUCAGUCUCGAUGCUUCCGGAGCCAGCGGCAGUGCCACCGUCCACUUCACCCUGAUUGACCUGGCGAUCAAGACGUUAGAGUUCUACACUAAACGUGUCGCCAACGACCUCCAGCGGUCGCAAUCGGGGAUCCCACGCAAGCUGAAGUUUCGCUACGACAUCAAGUUUACCCUGGUCCAGUUUGCCAAAGACCGCUGCGACCACCGCUCGACCCCUCCAGGCUCUCCUGAGCCCGUGGCUGCUGCUACUAUCACCGUGGAAGCAGCCGAGGCUGAAGCUGACGCUGAUGCCAACGGCGUCGAUGACACUAGCGCCAGCGGCGACGACAGCCGGCUGCCGAUGCUUACCGUGAACGGCGACUACCCUACUGUGGUACUGCCGCUGCUGCUGGCCGGCCGUUUAUCGCCGCCCAUCGGUAACCUGCCUACUCGCUCAGCGCUGCUGCUGGUCCUCGGGAUGGGGGCGCUGCUGAGCGUGACACUGGCACCGCGUCCCUACCCUUACCACCGCCACUCGCGGGAACUGCUGCCGGUACCUCCCAUUGCGCUCUACCCACACACUCCCCAGCUGCCCUAUGAUCCACAGCUAGCAAUCUUACCGCCUGCGCCUUACGCUCCCAGCGCCGACGUGCUCAACAAAGGUAACCGUCUGAUCUACUUGGGCAACCUCCACCCACACACCACCAUUGAAGAAAUCGCCAACAAUGUGAGAGCUGGCGGCAUCGUCGAGCUGAUACGAUACCACCCGGAGAAGAAGGUGUGUUUCAUCACGUUUGUCGACGAGAACAUCGCCUACCAGUUCUACCUCACCCACCAGUUGCACCACCAGUUGAUCAUCAAAGGGGUCGAUGUGACCGUGGGUUGGGCUAAAGUGCAUUCUGGUCCCUUACUACCUGAAGUGGCGACAGCGGUGGAAGCAGGAGCCCUGCGCAAUGUCUACAUUGGCAUCAGACGCCAGGCGACGCUGCCGGCGCCGAAAUUGCCGCUGGAAGAAGUGCUCCGCCACGACUUCUCGUGCUUCGGCGACGUCGAGCAAAUCAACUUCUUUAACAACCGCGACUGUGGCUUCGUCAACUUCCUCAACCUCGCUGAUGCGGUGAGAGUGGUGCUGAUAUUCGAGUUGCCGAAGCAGGAAUGUCUCGACCACUUGGCUAAAGUGUUUAAGCACGAGGCUCAACAAGUGUACGACCGCUACCACCGGCUCAAGAUCAGUUUCGGCAAAGACCGGUGCGGCAACCCGCCCAAAUUCCUGUUUAAGAAGAAGGUGGGCGGUGCCCCGGGGCUGACAUAUCAGUUGUACCAGGACCAGCUCCAUAACCAGGUGGAACAGCGCAAGCGCCAAGAACAGGCGAAGCGCCAGGAGGCGAUGCGGGCGAUGAUGGUGUUGCUGGAAAAGCGUCAGAAGCAGGCGAAGCGUAAGCAGCGCAAUCCCAAGGCUACCAACGCUGAAACUAGCAACAACGGCACCGCCGCCGCUGAUGCUACUGCUACCGAAUCAGUCCCUGAAUUACCGGUUCAAAGGUCGCCUAAGUCGCCGUUGGCGCCGCUGGAAACCAGUACCAGCGCUGACGAUAUUAUCGAAGACGAGUGCACUGAAGACGACCUGGUGGUCAAAGCUGGCGAAGCUGACAUUAACGACGCCACUGCUUUAGCUCCUUCGGUGCUGGUGACGGCCCUGCCCACUCUCAGCCCAUUGAAGGCCGGCGAGGCCGAUAUGGUGCUGGAGCUGGAUGACGACGACGUGCUGAUCAUCAUCGACCUGGACGAAAACCCGCAGGUAGCGACUAAGCCGCCGCGCCAACGGCGCCAGGCACCCUGUGCUCAGGGGCGCAAAAAGACUGGUAACCGGCCACAACAACAGCGCCCUCAACACCAACACCACGACUCGCGGCGCCAGUUGCUGCGCAACUCGCUGCUGGCGCUGUUGCUGUACUACCAGGCUCCGCCGUUCGUCCCGCAACAACUGCCAGGCUACUACUACCCGCAGGCGGGGGCACCGCGGGCGCUGCGGUCGCCGCUGUAUAAUGGUUACUACCACCAAGCGCCGCUGCCUCCCUACCCGCAAAUGAGCCCUCAAGGUCAACACUACUACACGCUAGCGCUGCCUCUGGUGUACAUGCUGUCGGCUCCCGUGCCUCACCACGGAGGCAACAACCGCCACUAUAAGCAGCAGCAGCAGAUGAUGGCUCACUAUCUUGCUAAACAGGCCGCGGCGCUGCCUCACCCAGGCCACCUGCCCUACGGGUACCCAGUGCCUGGCGAAGUUGGUGGUGGCGACUACUUUGGCGACUACGAGUACGGCUACAAGUACGGAGGACAUCAAGGUGCGCCGCCCGCGUCCUACCCGGCGCCUUACUACUACGGUGGAGGCAACCGCCGCGAAACUGCUCGCUACAGAAGAUAA